GAACGCGUUUGACGAAUGCAACCGGAUGUGACGUUGCACGUGACCCCGAAAUGUACUUCCGGUUGGGAGGGCGGGCAGAGCGUGUUGCGUGUGCUUGCUAACGCUAUUGUGACGACAAGCAAAUAAUCAUCAUAACACUUCCACGGUCACACGCGUGUUAAGAGGGAAUGAGUUUACCACUGAACCCAAAGCCAUUCUUGAAUGGCCUGACGGGCAAGCCGGUGAUGGUGAAGCUCAAGUGGGGGAUGGAGUACAAAGGCUACCUGGUGUCUGUGGAUGGUUACAUGAACAUGCAGCUGGCCAACACAGAAGAGUACGUGGAUGGCGCUUUAGCAGGCCAUCUGGGUGAAGUCCUCAUCAGGUGCAAUAACGUCUUGUACAUCCGAGGCGUAGAAGAAGAGGAGGAGGACGGGGAAAUGAGAGAAUAAUUCCAGAGAGUUGAAAGUGUGCUUUAGUUUUCACCAUGUGAAAACGAAACCACAUGAACGUUGUUUUUGUUUUGUUUUUUGUACUUUUUCUUUGUUGUGAUACAGACACAAUAAAAUCAUUGUACUCUUUCUUAAA